UCUCGUGUCAGUUCAGCCGUUGCUCCCUCCUGCCGUAGCACCGCCGUUAUCAGCAGGAACGUCAUGGCGAAGAGCAAGUUCGAGUAUGUGCGGGACUUCGAGGCGGAUGACACAUGCCUAGCCCAUUGCUGGGUGGUCGUGCGACUGGACGGAAGGAACUUCCAUCGUUUUGCAGAAAAACACAACUUUACAAAACCCAAUGAUAGCCGAGCCCUGGACUUGAUGACUCGAUGCGCCCAGACUGUAAUGACAGAGCUAGAAGAUAUUGUCAUGGCAUAUGGACAAAGUGAUGAAUAUAGCUUUGUAUUCAAAAGGAAAAGCAAUUGGUUUAGAAGAAGAGCCAGUAAAUUUAUGACAAAUGCGGCCUCUCAGUUUGCCUCCAGCUAUGUCUUUUAUUGGAAGGAUUACUUUAAGGACCAGGACCUUCUAUAUCCUCCAGCCUUUGAUGGAAGAGUCGUAGUAUAUCCUAGCAACCAGACCAUAAAGGACUAUCUCAGUUGGCGACAAGCAGAUUGUCACGUUAAUAAUCUUUAUAACACAGUUUUCUGGAUGCUGAUACAACGAUCUAAAUUAACACCCGCACAAGCCCAAGAAAGAUUACGAGGAACACUUGCUGCAGAUAAGAAUGAAAUUUUGUUUUCCGAAUAUAACAUCAACUACAAUAAUGAGCCACCAAUGUUCAGGAAAGGAACUGUACUGAUAUGGAAAAAGAUUAAAGAAGUAAAAUCCAAGGAAAUCAAGCCUCCAGGAGAAACAGAAGGAAAACAAGUUGAAGUUACACGGAUAAGGACUAAACCAGUUGCUUUACACUGUGACAUCAUUGGGGAUACUUUCUGGAAGGAGCAUCCUGAGAUCCUUGAAGAUGACAGCUGACUUGUUUGUCUUUCCUUUCUUGUGGUUUUCCAUGCAGGCAUAGGAUUCUUGCUAACUGUCCUCCCUCUGAAAUUGGGCAGAGUUCUGUGAAAUACACAUGUUAUGUAAACAGCAGUAAGAAAUACAUGUUUUAAGGAGAGGGAAGGAGUGUGGAAGAAAUAGCACAUCUUACUCUUCUGAAAGCAGGACACCUUUUUGUGUACCAUAGAAACAUGGUUCCAUCUGCAAAAACAGAAAUAAAAUUGUGUUACUAUUUUUGCAAAGCAAUUAAGCUAUAUCUUGCAUAAUUAAUCUUUUUAGAUUGUGGUAUAAAUCAUUUUUAAAACCGCCACCUACGCCUAACUAGCUUAGAGGUAGGAUACAGUGACCUUGAAAUUCUUACCUUUCUAAAUGAUCUGUAAGCAGUUCUCCUUGGCAGACCUGGAAAUAAACAUGGAUUUCAUGUUUAUGAA